UGAGCACCUGUUGCCUCGUGGGUUUUUAAAAGAAAAAGCUCAUGUUUCAGGUCGUUUUCAACACCUCAAAAGACCUGGGCCCGCUUUAAGCUGAAUUACGGUGAUCCGGAGCUCCACACGGAACUAUACUGGGCACACGGUUAUCUUAAAAGCGACGUACGAAGGAUGUGUUUUUAAAAGGAAGUCGCACAGAGGCUGCACACCGAAAACCGAGCUACAGAUUGAACAUGCUGCAGGUUGCAUGAGUGACAGAUAUGGGGUCAGCGACAUUAUCUUUGCAGACUUUCAGCGUGGUGGCACUUCUUUGCCUAUUUCUGCCCGCUGAAGGUGCAAAUCUGGAGGUCCUUGGAAAGGUGGGAGAUGUGGUGGAGUUGGAGUGCAGUUUUACUCCAUCAGGGCCGUCUACUGUGCCAACAGCGCCCCGGCAUGUGGUGGAGUGGGUCCGAAAGGGACUGGAAAUCCCGGUCCUGAUGAAAUUUGGAUCCCAUGCGCCUCGCCUCCAUCCACAAUAUGAAGGGCGGGUGUCUCUGGUACGCAUCACCGACCUGAAGCUGGAGGGCCUACAGUUGGGCGACCAGGGCUUGUACGAAUGUCGAAUCCUCUUGCUGGAUGAACCCACGGAUGAGUUGCAAAAUGGCACCUGGACUCGGCUCUCUAUAACCGCUCCACCCACCUUCGCAGAAACCCCGCCUCCUGUGGUGGAAGCUCUGGUUGGAGGUCCCCUCUUGCUUACCUGUGUUGCUAAGGGCAACCCCACUCCAAUCAUCACCUGGCUAAAGGAUGGCAGUGUCAUUCAAAGGACAGAAGAUCAGGAAGGAGCCUUAUCUCUGCCAGCAGUGAGCGCACAGUCAGCAGGAGAGUACACCUGCCACGCCUCCAACUCGGAGGGGAACGUGACCUGUGUGACCAAAGUCAGGAUCAAAGGUCCGCCUGUUAUUGUCAUACCUCCCAAAAGCACCUCUCUCAACAAGUCCCAGAAUGCUUUUCUCCGGUGCCAGGCGGUGGCCGACCCCCCCAACAUGACUUACGUGUGGCAGAAAGGUGGAGAGAACGUCCAUCACAUCGAGUCUCUGAAGUCACGAGUGAAGAUCAUGGUAGACGGGACUCUGCUCAUCUCCAGUCUUAUCCCUGAGGAUUCUGGGAACUACACCUGCAUGCCAAGCAAUGGCCUGCUGAACCCCCCCACCGCCUCCGCCAAUCUCACAGUGAUGCACCCAGCCCAGGCUCUUCCGAUGCCCCAACAAACGUACCUACCUACAGGUAUGAAGGGCGUGGUUGCCUGCCCAUGGGCCGCUCAGCCUCCUCUGCUUCGUGUGGAUUGGACAAAAGAUGGAGAACUGCUCGACCUGUCCUUGUAUCCAGGAUGGACCUUGACUCCAGAGGGCUCUUUGCUCAUGACCACAGUCAAUGACGAUACAGCAGGCGUGUACACCUGCACCCCAUACAACAGCUAUGGCACUAUGGGUCCGUCUGAACCAGUGGAUGUAAUACUACAAGACCCCCCAUCAUUCAGCAUCACCCCAGAGAAGGAGUACAAACAGGAGGUGGGCAGGACCCUGCUCAUCCCCUGUCAAGGAAACAAGGACCCGACAAUUAAAGUGACCUGGAGCAAGACGGACUUGGUUCGUCGCACAUCCUACGCCAUCGAACGAAACGGUUCUCUGCUGUUGCAGCCUGUCACUAAAGACCACCAGGGGGCGUGGGAGUGCAGCGCCAAAAACCGCGUAGCCUCGGUGAAAGCUGUCACACAAGUCUUUGUCUUGGGUACUAGUCCCCAUGUGGCUACCUCUCUGUACGUCUCUCCAGGGGUGAAGCAGGCCAAGGUUUCCUGGGAUGCAGGCUUUGAUGGAGGAUCAGCACAGACAUUUUCAGUUUGGGUGAAAAAGACUUCAACGAGGAGUGAUAAUGAUGGGAAGAAGGACUGGUUCUCUGUGCCUGUGCCCCCGUUUUCUGGCAGCAGUCUGCAGGUGACGGGCCUGUCUCCUGCCACAGAAUACCAGUUCAGCAUCCUUUCCCAGAAUAAGAUGGGAACAGGACCCUUCAGCGAGAUAACCACAAUGCGCACCUUGGAUCCGCCGCUGAGGAGAAGCCAACUGAAGCCUCCCGCGUCGCUGACAGCUAAUCAGAGCUCAGCAGGUGUCGUGCUGAUAUGGUCCCUUCCUCAACCUCCGAUCACAGGAUUCCUCCUCCAAUCACGCAUCGAGCAGGGGGAGUGGUUCUACUUGGACGAGAACAUUGACGCCAACGUUAGCGAGAUAGUCGUUCCGGGUCUGCGCAAGGACUGUGUGUACGAGCUGCGGCUGCUAUCUCGUCGCGGGGAGUUGCUGAGCGAGCCCAGUCCAUCAGUCAAUGUCUCCACCAUGGGGAUGGAGAUCUACCCCGCCACAUCCCAACUCCUGGAGUACGUCCCGGAGCCUCUUCUGGCCGGCGUGCUGGGGGGGGUGGGCUUCAUGUGUUUGGCACUUGUCUUGCUGCUGGGGUCCGCCUGCUUCAUCAGCCACAAGAGGGACGGCCGACGCAGAAAGAAGAAGAAUGAGCCCCCUUCUGCCAUUUAUAAAUGCUCCCCAUCAAUAAAGACUUCAGGCACUGGCAGUCCAGACAGUGUGCUGAAGAAAAGCCUACUUCCAGCCAACAUCCUGUAUCCCAACACCUCCUCCACCAACACCACCACCUCCUCGUCCUUCUCGCAGACUGACAGUUCCUCCUUUAGCUCUGAGAAUCAUCAUCAGCAGAAGCAAUUCCUGUCCAACUACAGCCGAGGCCGCCUGACUCGGACACAUUCCUUUCCCAUUUCUCCGCCAAUCGAGAUGAUCUCUCGUGGUCCAGAUGGCCGUUUCACACUUCUACAGUAUGACAAUGACGCGGAGACCAUUCAGGGCCAGAAAAGAAGAAGUUACGACCAAGCUAAAGUCCGAAGGUCUUUGUCGCUGCACUCGGAGAGGGAAGACAGGAAGAGGCCAGCGUUUGUGCUCUCUGUUGACCUCCCGCCUUGUGCACCAGCAGAAGCUAAUCCCGCAAACCAGAUGUACGAAACAUCCAAGAGCCUUCCCAUUCAUCACCAUUAUACCCCCGAUCAGAGGGAAGGCUAUGAUCGCGAAUUAGGUAGCCUGUACUCCAGCAGUAGUUUGGCCACCAUUUCUCAUCAAGACAGACGAAUAACUCCCACGUUUCCAGUGCUCCCGCAUAUCCGAUCCGGCUUCGGUCAGCCAACGACCACCGCCAGUUCUCUGGUUCUCCAAAUGGAGCACGAGCGCGAGAGAGGGAACUUGAGUCGCUGCUUGAAGCUGGCUCAGGAGAGGGAGGAGAUGGAGAUGGAGCUCCAUAGGUACACGCUGGAAAAAGGCUCCAUGAGAGAGAUGAAGAGGGAGUAUUCAGAUGUGGAGGGGAGAGAGGAGGAUUGUAAAGAACUUCUGUGGGAAUAUAAGAGCAGCACCUUGCCCCACAGAUACCUCCAGGGCGAAAAAGACAGGUUAUCUCUGCCACAGAGCCCUUUUUCUUUAUCCUCUGUGCAUUGGGACCACCGUCAUGUUGUCUCUCCUCCUCUUCUGACCCAGACUUGUUUCAGAACGUCUUCCCCUGGGAAUCAAUCUAGUUUUAACUCCGAACCAUCACACCGCUCCACCCUUCACCAAACAGGCCCCUCUUUGGUCUGAGGAGGCAGGCACUCUUUCCAAAGGCAGAUUAACUCUCCCACAUCUCUCCUCAAAGCACCAGAGACAUGAAAGUGUUGAGGCAGCACCAGAGGGCUGUGAAUAUUCAUCACAAUCCACAGACUUAGAAAUGCAAACGAAUGAUUCAUGCUCGGAGGCAAGGAGACGAAACAAUCUCAGCCAUGGAAGCUUUUCAACACCAUCUUUCCAUCUGAGCAAAUAUAC